CAUCAACUGUACCACCGAGAAAAAACACAGUUUCCGUACGAGAGAGAAGAGAAUGAUACUGCAACAGAGCAAGAGAAUCUCUCGAUCUCUCUUCUUCUUCUUCCUCGAUUCGACUUCUCGGAGAACCUUGACGACUACUUCACGUUAUUGUUUGAACCGUUCAGUGUUGUCACCGCUUCGUUAUGGGAUUGGGAUCGCCAGCGACGGCGAAUCUCGCCGGCAAUCGUAUCUGCUCGACUCCCUGUGGUCGACCGUCCAACGGCGCGGCGUUAAAGUUAACGCGAUACAGCUAAGGGCAGGGAAUGUAAUUGAAAGAUCAGGGCGUACUUUCAGGGUUGUCGGAGCAGAACACAAGCAACAAGGUAGAGGAGGAGCCUCCAUUCAGGUAGAGCUUCGGGAUGUUGACAAUGGAAGCAAAGUUAACUUACGGUUUGGAUCUGAGGAGUCUGUUGAGAAAGUGUUUGUCCAGGAGAAAUCUUUCACAUGUCUAUAUACAGAAGGAAAUACCGUGUUCCUUAUCGAGCCUCAUACAUUUGAACAACUAGAAGUUCCACUGCAGAUAUUUGGAAAAGCUGCUGCGUAUCUAAAAGAGGAAAUGAAGGUCCAACUUGAACUGUUCGAUGGAAGAGCUUUAGAUGGGUCUGUUCCUAAACACGUGACAUGUAAAAUUGUGGAGACGCAAUCUCCAAUGAAAGGACUUACACCAUCUUCAAGGUACAAGAAAGCGGUGCUGGACAAUGGUUGCACAAUUCAAGUACCGGCGUAUCUAGAGACAGGGGAAGAGAUAAUGAUAAAUACAGAGGAUGACACUUUUGUGAAGAGGGUCAAGUAAAAACAACACCGGGGCUCGGUGUGCUCUUCUCCAAUGGGCCUAUAUAUACAAUCAUAUAUAUAUAUAUAUAUAUCGUUUUCGAGUUUAGGGUCCUUUAAUGGAGGUGGUUUCUUUUGAGGAAUCUGUGUUAGGGUUUUAGGUACUUGCGUUUUUGGGGGAUUUGGGUCCUUUGAUUUUUGCCGGGACGAAUAAAUUAAAUAGUAGUAUUCUAUGUUCUUCUACUACAUCAA